AUGGCAAAAGACGAUCCAACAAGGCCCCCAACUGUUCCAGAUGGAUGGCUCGCAAAGUUUGACGAGAAAUACAAAACAUGGUUCUACGUAGAUUUAGCAACCAAGAAGUCACAAUGGGAGGCACCAAAAGGAACUGUUUUCGACAAGGAUGAUGAUGUGCCACCUCCAGCCUACAGUCCAACUGCGUCCAAAGCAAAUACCGCAUCUCCAAACCCUCCAAAACAAAGCGUUCCUCCAAGACAAGAAGAAAGCAAAGGCUUAUUUAGUCAUCACAAACAACAAGCGGGAUAUGGUAAUGGAAGUGCUCCUCGUCCAUACCCUGCACAACCAGGUUAUGGCGGAUACCCACCACAGCAAGGAUAUGGAGGUUAUCCUCCUCAAGGAUACGGUGGAUACCCACCCCAAGGAUACGGGGGUUAUCCGCCACAAGGAUACGGAGGCUAUCCGCCACAGCAACAGCAACAACCUCAGAGAAGCAGAUUUGGUGGAGGAGCAGGUAACAUGGCGUUAGGUGUUGGUGGUGGUUUACUAGGAGGUAUGCUACUUGGAAAUGCCAUCAAUGGUUGGGAGGACCACGAGAGGAUGGAAGGGUACCAAGACGGUUAUCAAGAUGGUUACGAUAAUGGUGACUAUGGUGGAGGUGGUGAUUACGGUGGAGGAGAUUUCGGUGGAGGAGAUUUCGGUGGAGGCGAUUUUUAG